AUGGCGCGACUCACCCAACUAUUCUUCCUCCUCGCCCUCAUCCUCACAGUCCUCGCGAGCUCACCCCCCUCAUUCUGCAAAUGCACCUGCUUCACCAACAGCACCAUCAUCCCGCUCUCCUCUUCCAACUCCCAGUCCUCACAUACCGAACCACGCAGCCAAUCCACCUCCUGCUCGGCCUGCAAGAAAUCCUUCUGUCUCGAGCAACGCCUACCCAUCUGCAAAGACGCCGAGGAGAAAGAUGUGUUUACCAUGUGCUUUCAGCGUGAUAGUAGGAAGGAUCAGAUUGUGGUGUUAAGUUUCAUUGCAGGGACCGUGGGGUUGCUAGGGUGGGCGGCUGUGAGGAAGGUGCUGGAACGGAGGAAAAGAGGAGGCGAGGGGGAAGGAUAUACGGCUGUUGGGAGGUAG